AAACGUAAUGGUGUUGAGACACAAAUGUUAGCGAUACGCCCGCUGAGCUGGAGCUGAUAUACAGGCGCGAGGAUCCUUCACAUUCUCUUGAUUGCUUCCUUCACCAUCCAUAAAUUCGAUGCGCAAUACGAAAUUGCUAUGAUUGGUGCCAUCUUCAGUCUGCUUACGGUCGAGAAUGGCAUGUAUGCUGUCGUUGCUUCGAUUGUUUUCACCUUGCUCACAUGUAUCUACCGUGUCUAUUUCCACCCUCUGUCCUCGUUCCCAGGCCCAAUAUCCUACAAGCUUAGCGGCUGGCCGCUACUGUGGCAGGCUUACACGGGCGACCGUCAUAUCCACCACCUACUUGACCACGAGAAAUACGGUCCAGUAGUCCGCAUCUCCCCAAACACACUUUCCUUCAGUACUGCCUCUGCCCUCCAUACUAUCUACGCCCCACGAGAUGCCAAUGUGAAGAAAGGAGAGUGGUACAAGACUUUCGAUAUAGCGGCUGGCACGUAUAGUAGCUUUACUGAGACGGAUAAGGAGAAGCAUGCUACCAAGAGGAGGUGGAUGGGUCCCAUAUUCUCGCCGGAGAGUUUGAGACUGAAUGAAGGGAAGAUACAUGCAGUGAUUGAACGAUUCUGCGAGACUCUAAGAGACUUUGAGCGAGAAAGUGGGGGAGAGAAAGGUAAUGGCUGGAGCAAGAGAUGGAAUGCUAAUGAAAUCGCUACCUAUGUUGGGUUCGACAUGAUGGGCGCAGUGGUAUUUGGGAGCGACUUCCAAACGGUACAGAAAGAGAGUAAUAGAUCGUUGGCGAAUUCGAUCUUGCCAGCCAGCAAACUCAUGUACUGGAUAUCGUAUCUGCCUCCAGCAUUUCUUGUUCGGCCCCUCCUACGGACAGGGCUAUUCGAGGAAUUAGGUGGCAAGCCCGUCGCAGACAAUAACCACUUGAUCGAUUACGGUGCCGCUCAAGUCCAACUCCAACAAUCGGAAGUUGAGACAGAGAAAAGUUCCAACGUCGAGCGAAUAGACUUCCUCUCACGUUUAGUUAGAACUGGGGACAAGAAGACUGGCUGGUACCCUUGCGCCGCAGAUCUAGGUAGCGAAAGCCUCAAUUUGAUACUCGCUGGAGCGGAUCCUUUCAGCGGUGUCUUUGCAGCAGCUAUAUUCUACCUCGUACACAACCGCGGUGCGCUUUCGAAAGCUACUAAGGAGAUACGAUCAAUAUUUACCUCGGCUUCUGGAAUCACGAACGGACCGGUGUUGGGCUGCUGCACUUAUCUCAACGCCACCAUCGAAGAGACACUUCGUCGCGCCGCGCCAGUACCCAGUCAUCUUCCUCGCGUCGUAUUAGACGGAGGCAUGGUGAUUGAUGGCAUCCAUGUCCCCGCUGGGACGACAGUCGGUGUACCGAUGUACGCUCUACAUAACAACCCAGCUCAUUUCCCUGCACCCUUCACGUUUUCGCCGGAACGCUGGAUCGAAUCCCCUUCCAAUCCUGCUUCCUCCAUCGCCUUGGCCCGCAGGGCCUUCUUUCCGUUCAGCAUUGGCAGCAGGAUGUGCAGCGGCAGGAAUCUGGCGUAUCUGCAGUUGAAGUUGACAUUAGCACACCUGCUCUGGCGCUUCGAUUUACGGUUGGCGCCUGAUGAGUCUCAGCGUGGAGGCGGGAAGCCAGGACUAGGUAUUGGAAGAGAGAGACCGGAUGAGUUUCAACUGUGGGAUGCGCUUGGGUUUGGAAGGGAUGGGCCAAUGGUUCAGGUCAGGGUUGCACAGGCUUAGGUGUAGUCUUGCGGCUGGUAAGAUAGAAGAGAGAAGUUAUCUGGGGAGUGU